AAGCAGAAGAUGGGAUUAACCCAAUUCAAACUUUAAGGAAACAGGCCCUAAGAACUAGAAUCAGAGAACUGUCAGAAUGUAAUCAAGAUACAAAUGAGCAAAUUUUAAUACAAGAAACAAGCAUCCCAACAGAUCCACCCACAAGAAGAAGAAACAAAUGA